AUGAGCAUCCUGCCAUCGCAACAACAAUCCCGGACCCGCAAGAAAGAAGAAGAGGCCGAUGCCUUUAUGCGCUUGUCAGAGAAGGAGAUCGUGGGGUGCAUCACUGAUAUUGGCAUCAAUUUCACGAUUGCCGAUCUCCAAAAGCCGAACCCGGUGCAGGUGCAGAUGAUAUUCGAAUGGUUCGCCGAGCUUCUCCUCAACGCGACACGAGAUGUCAUUGAGCCUGCCAUGCGCGUCGGCGCCGAAGAGGUGUGCGGCGAGUACUCGGACAUAAUCCCGCCUGAUACCCGCAACCUGAUGGGCUUCUAUGUGUCGCUCCGGAGGUUGCUGUUGGAGUGUGGGAUUAACGAUUUCUGCUUUGCCGACCUCUACCGACCGACGCGCGAGCGCCUCAUCAGGAUAUUCUCGUACCUAAUCAACUUUGUCCGCUUUCGCGAGAGCCAAACAUCCAUCAUCGACGAGCACUUUAACCGCGCCGAGACCACCAAGACGCGGAUCGAGACGCUGUACGGCGACAACCAGGACAAGGAAGCGCAGCUCGAGGAGAUGAGGCAUAGACGCAAGGCGAUGGAGGCGCAGGUCCGGGAGAAGACAAUGAGGAACGAGGAGCUCAAGCAAAAGCUCCUAGAGCUGCGCCGCAAUCAAGAAAAGGUUGCCGCCAGGCUAGAGGAGGCCAAGAUCAAGAAGAAUGAGCUGGCGACGGCGCUCGAGGACAAGACGGCGGCCAAGAUCGCCAUGAAGCAGGAAAGCCAAAAGCUGAGGCCAUAUACCCUAGCCAACGACAGGGCGCACAUUGAUGCGCUGGACAGGCGGGCGCGUGCCCUCCAAACUUCGGCCAACUCCUUCUCGGUCGUGUCCACGGACGUUGCCUCGUGUAUCAAGAUGCUCGACGACAUCGCCACUGAGCUGGGCAAGGAAGAAGAGGAAAACUCCAAGAACUCGCGGCAGCGCGAGGCGCUUUCCGAGAGGGGUAAUAAUGUUCGCGCCGUGGAAAAGGAAGAGAUUGCCCUCCAGCGCCAGCUAGCCCGUUGGAACGAGCGGACAGAGAAACUGCGCGAGCAGACUGCCGCAAAGGCAAACGACGCCAAGGAGAAGAUGGAAGAGCUCCGCGCGACCCAUAAGCAGCUGACGGAGGAACGGACGGAGAAGUCGAAAGAAAUGGAGAGGAGGCGCGUGAGGAUCGAGCAGACAGAAAAGAAGAUGCUUGAUCUCAAGGAGAAUAUCGAAAACGAAGUUCACAGCGCCUACGACGAAUACCUCAAGAUGGAGGCCCACAUCAAAUUAUACAUCACCGAGAUGGAGCAGGCCCUCUAG